UUGCGUCUGUCUCAGCAAGUUCUUUCUGUCCCCACGUGCGGUACGCGUCGGUACCGUUUUCUUUGACGUCUCUCCCGAGUCUUUUGUGUUCAGCCCCCUAUUAGAUUUCUACGAUGCCUCCCAAAAAGACAGCAGUGAAAGCACAACCCGCGGCAGCGAAACCGGCGGCAAAAAGCCAGAAAACGGUGAAAAAAGUCGCCGAUGAAGACGAGGAGGACGACGACGACAUGGAGGAUGACGAUGAAGAAGAGGAAGCUGACGCCGUGGCACCUUCAGGCAUGGACGAAGAGGUAGAGGAGGAGGAGGACGAAGAGGCUGAGGAAGAAGAGGAGGAGGAGGCCAAGCCCACCAAGGCAAAGAACGGCCUGCAGGCAAAGGGUGCGGCAGCCGCAGAAGCAGACGAGGACGAGGAAGAAGAGGGCGAUGAGGAAGAAGAGGAGGAGGAGGAAGAGGAGGAGGCAGAAGACGAGGACGACGAGGGAGAAGGCGAUGCACCCCAGAAAAAGAAGGGAGCUGCAGCCACACCUGGUUCCAAGGACAAGAAGAAGGCUGGCAAGGCCGGCCAGGAGGCUUCUACGCCCAAGACCGGCAAGCGAAAGGCAGACGAUGACUACAGCGGAGGCGGCAGCGAUGCCAAGAAGCUCAAGCUGGAAGAUUACAUUCCAGAGUCUUGCAUUGAUAGCCUAGAAAAGAAAAAUAGCUGCAGUCUAAUCAUCACAUUGGGUAGAGAUGCACGGGCUUCUGACAUCACAGACAUCUCGGGAGACAUCAUCAACCUGGCACUGAAGGGAGACAAAGCCUUUGCGCGGUACAUAGACGAGGAGACGGCGGAGGCGAACCUGGAGGUGUUUGAGCAGGCGGUUGGCCAGGGCAAGGUGGUGCACGUGGAGCGGUGCUCGGCACCCCACGAGUCGGAUGCCCAGGGCAACAUGCUGGAUGUGUUCCGGGUGCCCUUCGACUGCAGCGUCAACCAGCUCAAGAAGCUCUUCCCCGGAUCACGAGUCUUUGUGCUCAACGAUGGCUUUGCACGACUCCACUUCCAGAGUACAGAGCAGCUCCUGAGUGCUGUACAGAACCCCGAAUGUCACACGAUCGGUGGAAACAGCGUUCGCUUUAGCCUCGUCAAGAAGUUUGGCGGUCAAGGUGGUGGUGGCUUCAAGGGCGGCAACCAGUCGUGGAACCAGGGAGGUGGUGGUGGCGGCGGCUACAACAGCGGCGGCAACCGCUCCUUUGGCGGUGGCCGGGGCGGUGGCGGCCGGGACAGCUGGGGUGGUGGCGGCGGCCGUGGGGGCCGAGGGGGCCAGUCCUGGGGAAGGGGGGGACGAGGAGGGGGAGGGGGCAAGUUUGGCGGGGGCCGAGGGGGAGGGGGCGACUACGGGGGCCGGGGGGGUGGACGUGGCAGGGGCUUCGGCGGACGAGGCGGCGGCCGUGGCGGCGGAGGACGCAAGUUCCAGGGGGAUGGGGGUGGUGACGAGUGAUGAAGCCUACAAGACGAAGUUAUCGCCUGGGGGAAAGGGGUGUGCACGGGGUUUUUUUCCCAUCGGAACCAUUUGUGUCCAAGUCUUUUCAUGAUUCAUGUCAACAGCGUAGAGCAGUGGACGUUGCAAGUUCCUGCUGGUUGGGAGGGCUGACAUCAUCCACAUGGUGUAAUAAAAUGCUGCCAUCCACAUC